AAAAGAUCUUUGCUUUUGGGCCAUAGAGAUGAGUUGGGAAACCGACUGAAGUCUGGAGCGGGAGCAAUGGCAGAGACAGACCCCAAAACUGUUCAUACACUUCUCCAGCAGAUGCAGGACAAAUUUCAGACCAUGUCAGACCAGAUAAUUGGCCGAAUUGAUAUGAGCAGUCGCAUUGAUGAUCUGGAGAAAAACAUCGCUGACCUUAUGACCCAAGCAGGAGUGGAAGAAAUAGAAGGGGAAAACAAAAUACCAACUACAUGUAAUAGUUAAAGAUUUUGUUAAUCAUUUCGAGUGAACUCUUGAAAACGUUUUUCACAAGCCAAGAGGUGAAGGAACAGAUUUUCUCAACUAACUACUGUGUGCAACAUUUUUUUUAAAUUAUAGAGCUUGUAUUCCUAGAAUAUGCAGUUUAGUUAGGUUUCAAGGUGAUUUAUUUUUUGAUUUCUUGUAUGUGAUAGAUAGCUUCAACUAUAUGACAUAAAAUGUGUAAAUAUUAGUAAACUGAAAUUCUGACUACUCUUGGCUAAAAUUUUCAAAAUUUUUAGUGCAUUUUUUGUCAGGUCAUUUGUCAUUCCUUUUGUAGUCAUUUCAGUUUAAUAAGAAAUUGGUACAAGUUUUUUU